AGGCAUUCUAACGCGGUGGAUCGGUAGAGAUUUUUUUUUGUACGCAGAAGCAGAUACAAUAUAAAAGGAAAGAGUCUUAAAAUGCGAAACAUUCCUUUGUUUGUUCUACUUGCCCUGUUAUGUUACCUAAGUGAGGUUUCGACCGGCAAAAACGAUUGUCCGCGUAUUAAGUUAAAACGUCAGUGGGGUGGUAAACCGGCUACUGCAAUAACUUACCAAGUGCCGCCAAUUCGCUAUGUAAUCAUUCAUCACACAGUUUCGGAUGAGUGUGAUCAGUUUCUGAAAUGUGCAUCGAUUUUACAGAGUACACAAAUUUAUCACAUGAAUGAUUUAAAAUACGAUGACAUCGGUUAUAAUUUCCUCAUCGGCAAAGAUGGCGUCAUUUAUGAGGGCACUGGUUGGGGCGUGCGCGGUGCACACACCUAUGGCUACAAUAUGAAUGGCACAGGUAUUGCUUUUAUCGGCAACUAUGCAGAAAAGUUGCCAUCGCGCUCAGCUUUGAAUGCCGCCAAGAAGCUUUUGGCUUGCGGUGUGAAGGAAGGUGAAUUAGAUCGGAAUUAUAUACUUUUGGCAGCUUCACAAGUAAUCAGUACGCAAAGCCCGGGCUUAAUAUUAUAUAAUGAAAUACAAGACUGGGAUCAUUGGUCUAUAAAUCCUUAAAUAUCUCAAUUUUUUUUGGUAUUGUGUAUACUAAAUAUGCAUUUAAGAAACAAUUAUAAAACCUCGAUCUUUUCUACUCGAGCUUGAAAUUUGGUUUGGUAUAAUGGUAAAUCCUUUUCAUUUU